UUUUAAAUCUUUUCAUAAAAAAGCAGACAUGCCUGAUACAGUUGUAUCGUUAAUUUUGUUAAUUCUGCUACUAUUCCUGAACCUGGAAUCAGUCAAAAUUUCUGAUCUUGGCUGAUCGCUUUUAAAAUGACAACGCUUGUAUGAUGAUGUAGUUUUCGAAUUUCCAUCUAUCAGUCCCAACUGGCAGGAGAAUAAUUUCGCAACGUAGUUCGGUGACUAUAAAGGUGCUUGGGAUUAACUUGCAUAAGGCAUUUUUGGCCCCAGCUGACCAGCAAGACCAAGAUGGAAUUUUUGUGAUUUUUAUUUGCCAUUGUUUGGCGAUCAGUCAAAUUUGUAUUUUCAUUAUUCAUUCGGCGCCUCAUUCAACACUGAGUCGGAACUCAGUAACAACUGUACCGUUUUAUCUGCUUUAUGACUUAUGAUUUAUCAUCUAUGAUUACGAAUAUGACAAACCUAGGUGUACAAGAUGCUACUACAGUAGGGCUGCUCACGCCUUCUCGAUAAACAGAUACCAUGGUUUAUCGUUCGUUGCAGUCUUUGGAGAUGGUUCGCUGAUCUAGGCGUCCUUGAACUCCAUCUCUCCUCCUUUAUUAUCGCUCCCUUCCAAUUGAGCGCAGUGUGUGGGAGAACUUGCCUCCAUUCUCUUUCAUUUAUCAGUAUGCUCCGGCGUUGACAAACAAUGUUUCAGUUCAGGAAAAAGAGUUCAGCGGUCCCCAAAGAAUCCGAACGGAGAAUUUACGUUAAUCAGCACGACAAAAAUGCUGAAUUCCAUUACGCGGACAACUACAUCAAAACGUCGAAAUACAACAUUGUUACGUUUCUGCCAAAAAAUCUGUUCGAGCAGUUUCAACGGCUGGCCAAUUUUUACUUCUUGAUAUUGCUGAUUCUUCAGGUCAUUCCACAAAUUUCAUCCCUGACACCAAUUACAACGGUAGUCCCUCUUGUCGCCGUGUUGACCUUGACAGCGUUGAAGGAUGCCAUGGAUGAUAUUCAACGCCACCGUAACGAUAAUCUUGUCAAUGGUCGAAUAUCGUACGUUUUACGGGAUGGAGACUUCCGAGAGGAGCGUUGGGAUAAAGUGGUUGUUGGGGAUAUUAUCCGGAUGGAGAACGAUCAAUUUGUGGCUGCCGAUCUUUUCUUAUUGUCUUCCAGUGAACCGCAUGGACUGUGUUAUGUCGAGACAGCUGAAUUAGAUGGAGAAACGAAUCUAAAAUCACGGCAGGCGCUUCCGGAGACGGGUGAAUUGAACGAUGAUAAGGACGCAAUGAGCCGUCUUCGCGCAGAAGUUGUCUGUGAGCCGCCCAACAAUAAUCUGAGCCGGUUCGAGGGAAAAAUUACGUUUGACGGGUCUACUUACCCGUUGACAAACAACCAAGUUCUAUUACGUGGCUGCGUGCUGCGGAAUACGGCAUGGUGUUACGGUGUGGUGCUUUUCGCGGGAAAGGAUACAAAAUUGAUGCAAAACAGUGGCAAAACGAAGUUUAAACAAACUAGUAUGGACCAUUUGCUCAAUUACAUCAUUAUUGGGAUCGUGAUAUUCCUGCUUUCUAUGUGCACCAUUUGCACCGUUGCUUGUGGCAUAUGGGAAAGUCAAAUUGGGAUCAAGUUCCAAGUUAUUCAGCCAUGGGAGCAGUUUUUACAGCAAAAAUCCGCAGGCAGUGCUAUUACUAUUAUCGCGGUUUUGGUAUUUUUCUCUUAUGCCAUUGUCUUAAAUACCGUCGUGCCGAUCUCGCUUUACGUGAGUGUGGAAAUCAUCCGCUUCACGCAUAGCUUUUGGAUAAAUUGGGACCAAGAUAUGGUGUACAAGGACAUCCAUGCAAAAGCCCGCACUACAACGCUAAACGAAGAACUGGGCCAAAUUGAAUACAUUUUCAGUGAUAAAACCGGAACGCUUACUCAGAAUAUAAUGACCUUUAACAAGUGCUCUAUAAGUGGGCGGCGGUACGGUGAUUGCACGGAUGAAAAAGGCGAAAUAGUUGAACCUGGCGAAGAAGCACCGCUUUGUGACUUUUCGGAAAAUCCUUACGCUGACAACGGAUUCCGUUUCUUUGAUAGCAAAUUGCUGAAGGAUGUUCAAAAGGGCGAUAAAGACUGUGACAUGUUUUUUCGAAUUCUGUCGCUGUGCCAUACCGUUAUGCCCGAUGAGAAGAACGGACGGCUGGUGUAUCAGGCCCAAUCUCCCGAUGAAGGAGCGUUAGUGAAUGCCGCACGGAAUUUUGGAUAUGUUUUUCUGUACCGCACACCGAAUUUGAUCCGGGUGAAAAUUGGGGAAGAAGAAGUGGAGUACGAGUUGUUACACAUUUUGGACUUCAACAAUGUUCGCAAACGCAUGUCGGUAAUUUUGCGGAAAGAAGGGAAAAUCAUACUGUAUUGUAAAGGAGCCGAUUCAAUUAUCAUGGAACGAUUGGCUAAGACCCCGAAGAACGACGAAUUAAAGAAUGUUGUCAACGAACAUCUGCAGGCUUUUGCCUGUGAAGGUCUUCGGACGCUGUGUCUAGCUUGGAAGGAAAUUGAUCCAUCACAGUACGGUGCCUGGCAAAAGAAAUAUCACGAAGCUACAGUGGCUAUGGAAAACCGCGAAGAAACUGUUGAUGCGGUAUCCGAAGAGAUUGAAAAAGAUCUUAUAUUGGCUGGCGCCACAGCCAUUGAAGAUAAACUGCAAGAAGGUGUGCCGGAUGCUAUAGCCAGCCUGGCACAGGCUGAUAUAAAAAUUUGGGUGCUUACUGGAGAUAAACUGGAAACGGCCAUAAAUAUUGGUUACUCGUGCCGAUUGCUCACCGAUGAGAUGCGGGAAGUGUUCAUUAUUGAUGCGGAUGACGCUCUGGGUGUAAAAGAUCAACUUGAGAAAGCGCGACAGAAAUUGCAGAAUCCUGAUAGCAGCCCUUUGCUGUCCCCAGCUGUGGAAGAUGUGCCACGAUCAAAAUCAGGGAUGUCCUUUCAUACGGAUAUUGAGAACGGGCAGUUAGGAAAUGGGAACAUGGAAGCGGAUGGAGCAUGUGCCUUGGUUAUUCAGGGCAAAAGUCUGGUCCACGCACUAGAAAAAGAAUUGGAAGAAUCAUUUCUUGAGGUUGCAUCGCUUUGCAAAGCUGUGAUAUGUUGCCGCGUUACUCCACUCCAGAAAGCACUCGUUGUGGAACUUGUAAAAAAGUAUAAAAAAGCUAUAACGCUGGCUAUUGGAGAUGGUGCUAACGAUGUCAGUAUGAUCAAAGUUGCUCAUAUUGGUGUUGGAAUAAGUGGACAAGAAGGAAUGCAGGCUGUUCUUGCCAGCGAUUUUUCUAUUGGCCAGUUCCGUUUUCUGAAACGGCUCCUUUUGGUUCACGGUCGAUGGUCGUAUUACCGGAUGUCAAAAUUUCUGCGCUAUUUUUUCUAUAAAAAUUUUGCAUUCACUUUAUGCCAUAUGUGGUAUGCCUUUUAUUGUGGGUUCACUGCACAGACGGUAUACGACCCAUGGUUCAUUAGUUUCUAUAAUUUAUUCUACACGUCCCUUCCCAUUCUGGCUCUUGGAGUAUUUGAUCAAGAUGUAAAUGACCGGAACUCCAUUGAAUUCCCAAAACUGUACACUCCUGGGCAUCAGAAUUUGUUAUUCAAUAAAGCCAAAUUUUUGAGGAGUAUGUGCCAUGGUAUUGUGACAUCUGUAGCUUUAUUUUUUAUUGCUUAUGGUGCAUUCCAUUAUUCCGUCGAUGAUCUCCAAGGGAAUCAAGCUUUCGGCACUGCGCUGGCUACUAUUCUAAUAGUAACUGUGACGGUUCAGGUCGCUCUGGAUACAGCGUAUUGGACUUUUUUCAACUUCUUAACCAUUAUCGGAAGCGUCGUGUUUUAUUUUGCAUUGACACUCUUUAUGUACAGCAAUUUAUUCACCUCUUCAUAUCUUGGAUCUGAGCGGAAAGUGUAUUCGAAUCCCGCGUUCUGGUUUACUUUAGUCUUGACUGUGGUGAUACUCAUGGUGCCCGUUGUCGCUGCGAGGUUCUUUUUAGUGGAUACUAGACCCACGUUAUCAGAUCGGGUCCGAUUAAGGCAGAAGAAUGAUUCGCGAAUUAAGCGGUCACAAACUAGUCAGUUGGCAGCGCGGUCAAGUUAUUCCGCACCAGGAACGCGUCGUCGGAAGCGUGGUCGUCAGUCAGUGCGCAGCAGCUACGCUUUUUCACAUGAGAAAGGCUUCGGUGAUCUGAUUACGACGGGCACGAAUAUGCCGGGUGGAAAAGAAAGCGGGUCCGUGCGACUGUGGCCCAAGAAAGCUAGACGUCGAGCAGAGAACGGGAAGAGUCCGCUGGAAAGUGCCUUUGUGGCGGAAGAAACUCCCGUCAAAGAGAUGGAAGAAGUCAAAUUUUCCGGCAUUGCCGAUCAAGUGGAUGGAGCGCAGCCUCUAUCGAGACCGGUUCAGAUUACGUCAUUGUGAUUGUCUGAUAUCGGUACUUGCAGCUGUGAGACAAUUUUUGUGAUGCAUUUUCUUGUUGUCCAGCUAUUAUUGUAAGGAUUGGGUUGGUGGAUUGUAUAAUUUUUAGAGUACAGCCGUUUACUUUUAUGCUUUCCGUAUAGCCAAAGUUUUUCGUUGAGUGUUUUUGGAGAUUAUAAUUUUGAUUCUUGUUUACGGUUCGCUUGUCCUGUAUCAGUAUUAAGUGAUGUUGCUGUUGAAAUCAGUCGUUGAUUGAAUCAAUAAUCUGCUAAUUUAAAA